AUGUUGUACGAGCUGAUUGCCAUUGUCCGCCCGGGCAGCCUCAAUGAGGUGCGAGAAAUCGCCCGUAACGCCGGUGCCCAGGUCAUUCGCUCCGGUGGUGUUGUCCGCGGCUUCACCAACUGGGGAUCCUUCCGUCUGCCCCGAGUCACCACGAAACAUCAAGCCCGAUACUCCGAGGGUCACCACUUCAUCAUGCGCUUUGAUUCCUCUGGCACCGUCCAGUCCAAUGUUCGCCGCACUCUCGGUCUCGAUCCCCGUAUGAUCAACUUCUCCGUGGUCAAGCUGGGCGACAAGCUUGAGGAGAUUAAGAAUGUCGAGGGCAAGGUUGGGUGGAACAACGUCCGCCAGAUCAGCGACACCAUCUAA